UAUAAAGUCUUAUCCAAGAAGGAUUCCAUGUAAUGAAGAUUCUGUCACCAUAAGUAACUUAAGUUAUGUUUUGCUCAUCCACAUAUACAGGAAACCUACAAGCAACAUCGGUUUUACAAGAUACGUAAGUGGACGUAGUUGUUGAAAAACAGGAACGCCACGAUGAGUGAAAAGAAGAAAACAGAAAAAAAUGCAACUACUUAUUGUUCUCCCCCGUGGAAUUUUUCGUGGAUAGUGCAAGAAGAGAUUUGUGCCUGUGCCUGGCCGGAGUCCGAAGCAAAUAUCGCUUUCCUCAGGAAUAAGGGAGUCCGAGUGCUGGUGAGCCUCUGCGUGGAGAGACGGCCCCACAGGUCAGCGAACAAGCAUAUGGAAUGUCACGUAAUAGACGUAGAAGAGUUUGAGGACCCUUCAGUGGAGCAAAUGAAGGAAUUCAUUUCUAUCUGCGAGAAGGCUCGAGUUGAAAAUAAGGUUGUGUGUGUUCACUGCAGAAUGGGUCGCGGACGAACAGGUGUUAUGCUUGCUUGUUACCUCGUUAGGUUCUACCAGCAGGAACCCAGCCAAGCCAUAUGCAACGUGCGGUUGAUGCGCCCUGGCAGCGUAGAGACGUGGGAGCAAGAACGCGCAGUUAGAAACUAUCGCGAUUACAUGGACUGAAGACAAGUGC